GAGGAGCGAGGGGACACGGAGACGGGGCUUCCUGGGAGGAGAGCGGGCACGCGGAGGCGGGGCGUCCCGAGAGGGGCGAGCGCCGGGUGGGCGGGGCCUCCUCGUCCCUGGCCAGCCCGAGAGGAGGGCGCGGGCACAGCGCCGCCUGUCCCCGGAGGACGAGGUCGGAAUCCUGAUCCCGGUGGGUCCCUGCUGUUCUAGCCGCCCAGGCCAGCACCGAGCGCCAUGGCCCAGCCACCGCCCGACGUCAGGGAGGACGAUUGUCUCCUGGAGUACCGCCACCUCUUCUGUCCGGACUUGCUUCGGGACAAGGUAGCCUUCAUCACAGGCGGUGGCUCUGGAAUCGGGUUCCGGAUUGCUGAGAUUUUCAUGCGGCACGGCUGCCACACAGUCAUCGCCAGCAGAAGUCUUCCUAGAGUGUCAAUGGCUGCCAGAAAGCUGGCUGCUGCCACUGGCCAGAGGUGCCUCCCUUUAUCUCUGGAUGUCCGAGCUCCCCUGGCCAUCAUGGCAGCCGUGGAGCAGGCUCUGAAGGAGUUCGGGAAGAUCGACAUUCUCAUUAACUGUGCAGCCGGGAACUUCCUGUGCCCUGCCAGUGCCUUGUCCUCCAACGCCUUCAAGACUGUGAUGGACAUCGACACCUUGGGCACCUUCAACGUGUCUCGCGUACUCUACGAGAAGUUCUUCCAUGACCAUGGAGGGGUGAUCGUGAACAUCACUGCAACCCUGGGUACCCGCGGGCAGGUGCUCCAAGUGCAUGCAGGCUCUGCCAAGGCGGCCGUGGAUGCGAUGACACGGCACCUGGCUGUGGAGUGGGGCCCCCAGAACAUCCGCAUCAACAGCCUUGCCCCCGGCCCCAUCAGCGGCACGGAGGGCUUCCGGCGGCUGGGCAGGGGACAGUGUGCGGCAGAGGAGCUGGUCUGCACCUGCUCUCGGAUCCCUGCGACCUGCCUCCCGCCUGCCCAGCCUGAGCGCCAAACCCGACAAUCCCAGCAGAGUGUCUGAAGCAGAGACUGACCUUUCCUCUAGGAACUGUGCUGCAUCCACACUCCCUCCCCAUGGCCCUGUCUCCCAUGCAUGGGGGGCAGUGACUAGGCAGUGUGGCUGACCUGCUGACCUGCUCACACAUGCCGGGGAGGUCUGGGUUCAGCACUUCGAGAGUGUUGAGGAGGCCAGGACGCAGGGGUGUCCCCCUUGCACAACCCAGGGUCAGGGCUGUCCUGCCACCCCAGCCCCUGCCUAGGCUGGCCUCCUUUCCCCUCCUGCCUGCAUCCAGUGGGUGUCCUGAGGUGGCUCCCAUGGCCUGGGUGGAGAGAAGGGGGCGUUUCAGGCUGUCUUCUCUUCCUUGCUCUCCCGCUUUGAGACCUUUGCUUGGCAAAGAGAUGCCAAACUAGGGAGGCUGGAGAAGCGUGUUUGAGCCUCUCCACAAGACCUGUGUCCUGGGUCCUAUCACCGGGGGUGUGGGCUGCAGAAGGGACCUCUGCCGGCCUCCAGUGACACGGGCAGGGUUGCUCCCCACCUGCCCUGGAGUCUGUCCUUUGCUGGGACAUCCCUAGAGGACUUAGUCCUUGGUCAUUUAGGGGCUCACUUUCUAGGUCCUCCACGUGGCCUGUCCCCAUUGUCACCAGCACCCUCCCUCAGGCCCAGGGGGUGGGGGAUCUCUGGACCCUCAAUUCUUCCCCAAUGACCACUCUUUGACACAUACCCAGGCCAGGACCUAAGGGGGCCACUUGGAUCCUGGGCUUGUUUUCUGUGCUGUUUGUUACAAACUUCAAGGUGCUCAAAGCUGUCGAUCUGCCCUCUGGCUGGGCAUGCGGCUUGGGUGCCCCCUUCCUCCCUGCCUCCCACCCUGCCCCCAUCUGUACUGUCCAUUUGCAUAAGCACAGGUCCUAGAGUUUUGCCAGAAAAUGCAUUUACUUAAAAAAUAAUCUUUUUACUGCAAAAACAUCUAUUCAUUGGACUUCACAAAUGUUUUUAGAAGGAGGAGGAGGGCACCUGAACAGAAUCACUGGUGAUCUGGGCAUUUAGUGGUGUGUCUACUUCCUGUCUUUUUCCUGUGAAGAGUUUAGAAAACACUUUUUACCUAAUGUGUGAAGCCCUGGUCCUGACGCAGGGGGAGCCCACCCUGAGGCAAGGGGAGGCUGUCUGCUCCCCUGGUGGGAGGGGUGUCCUCCACAGCUGGUCCUGGAGGCGGGCGGGGGGCGCUGCCUGCCCUGCAAUCUCCUGGUGCUGCCACUAGAGUCCUGAGCUUGAGCCCUCUGCCCCAGACACCCACACCCACCUGAGUUCCUUCCCGCCUUCAUGGGUGCAGGGGCAUGGCAGGGAGGCCACAGGGCAGAAGGAGUUCCGCUUGCCAUUUAAACGGAGACCAGGGUGUGGUGGCAUCAAGUCUACCAGCAAGGCAGGCAGAUGGGCGCUCGUGAUGCCACGGGAGGAGGAAAGAGAACCGUGAAGGCAGUUCCUGGGGAGCUGCAACCAUAGACCCCACGUGCCAGAAAGCUGAGGCCUGCCGUCCCUGGAGGAGACAAAGAAGGCCCUGGGGAGGGUGUCCCGCCAGCCACAUUCGAAGGCCUGGGACUCAACAGCAGCGUAGCUCCAGGAGGACAGAAGAGAAUGAAAGGAGUGAGCCUUUUAUUGCUGUUAGUCAGGAUUCUCCAGGAAACAGAGCCAGUAGGAUAUAUAUAGAUCUACAGGAGGAGAGUUAUUAUAGGGACUGGCUCAUGUGACUGUGGGGGCUGAGAAGUCCCAUGAUCUGCCAACUGCAAGCUGGAGCCCCGGCAAGGCAGAUGGUGUGAUUCAGUCUGAGUCCAAAGGCCCAAGAACCAGGGGCUCUGACAGCCAAGGGCACCGGAAGGUGGAUGUCCCUGCUCAAGCAGCGAGCGAGGGAACUUGCCCUUCCUCAGCCCACACUGAUGAGGGCAGGUCUUCCAUCUACUGAAUCAAAUGCUAAUCUCUGAGAAAUACCCAGAGAUACCGAUUUACCAGCUAUCUGGGCAUACAUUAGCCCCGUCAAGUUGACACAAAGUUAAACAUCACAGUUGCACAGACCAUGAGGUCCGUGCCCAUGCUCAUCGUCUGCAUGUGGUGGUCAGUUCGGCUGUAAGGAAUCUGCCUCGCUGUUUGGCUUAGUCCACCAGCCCCGGCUGUCGUCCUGCAGGUCCAGGACGCCUGCCGGGGGCUUGUGGGUCAUGGGCACACCUGGCGUGUGUCACUUGCCAGGUGGGCUCCAGGACGGGCUGGCAAGGAGGGCCAGGUGCACAUGGUGAGGGGGCUAACACCGGCCCCAGCAGUGGCACUCAGACUUGGUGGCAGUUGGCAGAGAAUUAGGUUGUCCCCUUCCACAUUAACAAUCUCUACAAUUCCCUUAGAAAAUGCCAGGUUCUCUGAAAGGAAGGAUCAUCUUUUAUGUGUGAACCUCAGCUGUGGAAGCUGAUUUACAGACCCCGCCCACUCCGAGUCCCCCUUCCAUGGCAUGAGGAUGCCUCACGUCUUUUCAGAACUACACAUAAAAACAUCACGGCCGGGCUUCUCUGGUGGCACAGUGGUUAAGAAUCCGCCUGCCAAUGCAGGGGACACGGGUUCGAGCCCUGGCCUGGGA